AAUCCUGAUUCCGCACACAGCACUCAACAACUCAACUCUAGAGAGAGAGAGAGAAAGUUAGGGUUUCGUGAGUUCUCUCUCUCACAUCACAACCAUGGGAGGAGGCAAUGCUCAGAAAGCAAAGAUGGCUCGCGAGAGGAAUCUCGAGAAGCAGAAGGGCGCUAAGGGAAGCCAGCUUGAAACUAACAAGAAAGCCAUGUCGAUCCAGUGCAAGGUGUGCAUGCAAACAUUUAUUUGCACCACAUCAGAAGUGAAGUGUAGGGAGCAUGCUGAAGCCAAACACCCGAAGUCUGAUGUCGUUACUUGUUUUCCUCAUCUUCAAAAGUAAAUUUGAGGCGAGGGCAUGUAGGGACAUAAUAUCAUCAUGGCCUCUUCUAUAAUCUAUCUACAGAAAUAUUCCGUUUUAUUUUAUAUCAAAUGUAUGAGUUUGUGUCUUGGGGGUUAGGGAGAGACGAGUGGGGGUUAAUUAGUACGUUUUUCCCUUGUUAAAGUGUGAGAAACAGUGUUAAUUUUCUCUUAUGUUGUGUCAAAGUGUGACUUUGAAUGACAUCAUUAAUGUUAAUAUUAAGCGUCUUAAAAAAAUAAUGGACUUCAUGAACCAGACAAUUGACACCA